ACUACGCAAUCUUUCUGAGCUGAUUCCUCGCCGGCGGAGAUAUCUCCGGCCGCCGCCUCGCGGUUCUUCUCCGAGUCUUCCGUUCAUUAUUGCUCCAGAUUCUUUGCGUGUUGGAUGCGCGAUAAAAUUAUCAGUUGAGUAAAUCCUUUCUCUACUUGGAGGUUUGGAGUCUUUGGCAAUGAGUGCAGCUGAAGAUCUAGUAAACAACACACCAGGUGUUGCUGAAAAUCCUGUAAACCACAGCACAGGUGCUACAGGAAAUCUUAUAAAUGACAAAGAAGGUGCUACAGAAAAUCCUAUAAAAGACAAAGGUGCUAUAGAAAAUCCUAUAAAUGUCAAAGCGGAUUCUGCAGAUAAUCCUGUAAUCAACAAAGCAGGUGGUGCAGAAAAUCCUGUAAGCGAUGAAGCAGGUGGUGCAGAAAAUCCUGCACAUGACCAAUCAGAUAGUGCUGUAAAUCCUGUAAACGACCAAGCAGGUGGUGUAGAAGAUCCUGCAAAUGGCCAAUCAGAUGGUGCAGUAAAUCCGGUAAAUGACCAAGCAGGUGGUGCAGAAGAUCCUGCAAAUGACCAAUCAGAUGGUGCUGUGAAUCCUGUAAACGACCAAGCAGGUGGUGCAGAUGAUACUGCAAAUUACCAAUUAGAUGGUGCAGUAAAUCCUGUAAACAACCAAGCCAGUGGUGCAGAAAAUGUAGUGAAUGACCUAGUAGAUGUUGCAAAAAAUCCUGUACAUGAACAUUCUGGUAGUGCUGAAAUUCCUGUGAAUGACCAAGCAGAUGUUGCAGAAAAUCCUGUAAAUGACCAAGCAGGUGGUGCAGAAAAUCCUGUAAAUGACCAAGCAGGUGGUGCAGAAAAUCCUGUGAAUGACCAAGUAUAUGUUGCAGAAAAUCCUGUAAAUGACCAAGCACGUAGUGCAGCAAACCACCAAGCAAGCAGUACAGAAAAUUCUGCAAACGACCAAGCAGGUUGUGCAGAAAAUCCUGAAAUUUACCAUGCUGCAGGAGCUGCAGAGAAUCCUGUAAACGACAAAUCAGGUGCUGCAGAAAAUGCUAUAAAUGACAAAGCAGGUACGUCAGAAAAUGCUCUAAACGACAAAGCAGGUGGUGUAGAAAAUCCUUUAAGCAAACAAGCAGAUGCGACAGAAGAUCCUGUAAAUGACGAAGAAGAUGCUGAAGAAAGUCUCAUAGAAGAUGAAGAAGAUGCUGUCGAAACCCCUGUAAACAACAAAGUAGAUCGCCUUCCCGAAGAAGCAAAGGAGAUACUAAAAUCAUUGGCAGGUAAAUGGGAAAAUGUACUUGAUGCAAAUGCAUUGCAGGUGAUCCCUCUCAAGGGGGCAAUGACGAAUGAAGUAUUCCAGAUAAAGUGGCCAACUACAGCAGGGGAAUCCUCACGAAAAGUUGUACUUAGAAUCUAUGGUGAGGGUGUGGAUGUUUUCUUUGAUAGGGGUGAUGAGAUCCGGACAUUUGAAUUCAUGUCAAAGAAUGGGCAGGGACCUCGUCUGCUAGGACGGUUUACAAAUGGCCGUGUUGAAGAGUUUAUCCAUGCACGGACAUUAUCAGCUUCUGAUCUACGCGAUCCGUCUAUUUCUGUACUUAUAGCGGCCAAAUUGAAGGAGUUCCAUGAUCUAGACAUGCCUGGUGAAAAGAAAGUCCAUCUUUGGGAUACAUUGCGAAAUUGGCUUAGUGAGGCCAAACGUAUGUCUUCCCCUAAAGAAGUUGAAGCCUUUUAUUUGGACACAAUUGACAAGGAAAUCUCUAUUUUGGAAAAGGAACUAUCAGGCGCACACCAACAGAUAGGAUUUUGCCACAAUGAUUUACAAUAUGGUAACAUAAUGCUUGAUGAAGAGGCCAAUUCUGUGACCAUAAUAGACUAUGAAUAUGCCAGUUAUAACCCUGUAGCAUAUGAUAUAGCAAACCACUUCUGUGAGAUGGCUGCUAACUAUCAUACAGAUGAGCCUCAUAUUCUGGACUACAAUAAAUAUCCUGAUUUUGAGGAGCGUCAAAGAUUUGUGAAGGCAUAUUUGAGUUCCUCCGGUGAGCAACCUAGUGAAAGUGAAGUGGAGCAGCUACUUCAAGAAGUUGAGAAGUAUACACUUGCAAAUCACCUAUUCUGGGGCGUUUGGGGAAUAAUUUCGGCACAAGUAAACAAAAUCGACUUUGACUACAAGGAGUAUGCGAAACAGAGGUUCCAAGAGUACUGGGCAAGGAAACCUUAUCUCUUAAUAAGCUCCGAGGCACCUUCUCCUUAUAAUGUGCCUGAGGGUACAGGAGACCUAGCUUCGGCAUUGCCCACCAAAGGAUCAUCAACGAAGAACUCUGGUAUCUUCAGGAAGAUGAAGAGAGUUUUGGGUCUCGGCUUGUUCAAGUCCAAAAGCUAGAGCAAGAUUCCUGCUAACACAUUUUUCUAUUUUUACCUUUUUCUUUGAGAAAAUUGUAAAAUGAGAAAAAUUAUCAAGAAAAGAGAGACAUAAGUAAUGUACUAAAUACAUUA